AUGGUUAAAAAGACAGAGGAAGCUUCCGUGCCUUCCAUUGUAUUGGACAAGGAGGAUACCUUCUAUAAUGAGGAAGAUGACCCGGACUACACUUUGGAUAGUACCGGAGCGAGCUUUGAGGAUGAAGAAGCUGAAACCGAGCUGGAAUCAGAAAUUAGCAACACCAACGAUGAAGAAGUUUCUUCCGUAUCAACAGAGUUCGAAACACUUGAUAAGAAACAUCUUGGCCAAUUGGACAUCAGACAGAGAUCAGAAAACCCAAGUACUGCGGACCUCAUACUAGAAACACACCGUAAUUUCAAGAAAUUUAUACACAAGCAUGAGGUUCCGCGCAAAGUAUUUCAUGUUUCCAUUGGAUUCAUCACGUUAUAUUUAUACACAAUCAAUGUGCAGACUCCACAGCUAGUUCGACCAUUACUAGCUGGAUUCCUUGGUGUCGGAUCUUUGGACCUUUUAAGAUUUCGAUCCGACAAAUUCAAUCGUUUGUACUGCAAGGCAGUUGGAUUUUUAAUGAGAGAAAAAGAGAUCAACACAUACAACGGAGUUAUAUGGUACUUAUUGGGUCUCUAUCUUGUGUUUGUGACCCAGAAGAAGGACAUCGCAGUCAUGGCUGUGCUGCUGCUCAGUUGGUCAGACACAGCAGCCUCGACUUUCGGCCGUAUGUUCGGUCAUUUGACACCAAAGAUCUUCAAGAAGAAAUCGUUAGCCGGAUCACUAGCGGCUUGUUUGACUGGUGUGGCAUCUUCUUACCUAUUUUAUGGAUACUUUGUUCCCCAAUAUCCGGAAGUGAACCUAUAUUCCGACUUUGCCUGGAAUCCAUCAAAGAGCUAUUUGAAUAUACACACGCUUUCAAUUCUGAGUGGAUUAGUUGCAUCAGUGAGCGAAGCACUGGUAGUUUUUGACUGGGACGAUAACUUUACGAUUCCUGUGUUUUCCAGCUGUUUCCUGUGGGUUGUGAUCAAGCUUUCUGCGAAAACUUAG